CUUCUCCAAACUAUUAUGUUGAACUACGAUUUUGCCUUUGCUGUUGCAUGUUCAAUCUCAAUGGGCGACAUUCAAGCACUGCAACUCAAGAUGCCAGAAACCCAGGAACUGGAUAUGCUCAAAGAUGCAACUGUCAUUGAUCAACAGACAUUCCUCAAGCCCAAACAAUGGAAAUUGUUGCUUUUUGUGGCACUCAAUGGUUUCUUUCUUCUCCUGGGACUAUCAGUUGCAACACUUCUAACAAGAUACUAUUAUGAGAAGGGUGGAAAUAGUAAAUGGCUGGCAGCACUUGUCCAAACUGCAGCUUUUCCAAUCCUACUUCCCCUCAGCCACUUCCCCUCCUUUGCCAGUACUACCACCACCACCACCACCACCACCAACUCACCCUCCGUCGCGAUCACUUCCCUUGUGUACGUGGCUCUUGGCCUUCUUGUAGCCGGUGACAAUAUGAUGUACUCUUAUGGGCUAUUUUACCUUCCUGUCUCAACUUAUUCCAUCAUCUGUGGGACUGAAUUGGCUUUUAAUACAAUAUUUUGUUUCUUCAUCAAUUCACAAAAAUUAACAGCUCUGGCCCUGAAUUCUGUAGUCCUCCUCACCUUGUCAGCCCUCCUACUAGCAAUGCAUGAGGAUUCUUCACAGCCCACAGAAGUUUCUAAAGUAAAACUUGUAGUUGGCUUCCUAUGUACCCUGGGUGCAUCAGCUGCUUAUGCUAUGCUGCUUUGCCUAUUGCAGCUCUCCUUCCAGAAGAUUCUAAGGAAUGACACCUUUUCUGUAGUGUUAGAUAUGCAAAUUUAUACAUCAGCAGUUGCUAGCUGUGCUUGUGUUGUUGGGCUUUUUGCCAGUGGGGAAUGGAGAGGCUUGAAAGCUGAAAUGGAAGGGUUUGGGAAGGGCAGAGUAUCUUAUGUGAUGACUCUAGUUUGUUCUGCUGUGGCCUGGCAAGUCUCUUCUGUUGGUGUUGUGGGACUGAUUUUCACAGUUUCAUCCUUCUUCUCUUGUGUGAUCAGUGCCUUAGCUUUGCCUAUUAUUCCUAUUGCUGCAGUGAUAUUUUUCCAUGACAAUAUGGAUGGUGUGAAGGUGGUGUCUAUGCUAAUGGCUGCCUGGGGAUUUGCUACUUAUCUAUAUCAGCAAUAUCUCGAUGAUUCUAAGCAGAAGUCAACUAGAAUCGAUGCCAAUGAAUUCUCUGUUAUUUCUACUUCAAAUUCUGAAUCAGAGUAAUUGAUUGCUUCCC